AAACAAGAGCUGAUAAAGUCAUUGGUAAUCUAAGAUGUCUCUGAUCCUGGUUAAGACUGGGAAGUAAAUGCACUAAAGAAAAGAAAGGGUAGCUGAAGGUUUUUGUGACGAUGGCAAUAUUUGCUUGUGUUCAUAAGAUCUGUUUCACAUUGCUAGGCAACUGUUCGAAUCAUUGUGACUUAUUUGUUCCAUGAAAGAUCCAGGCUGGACCAGAUGGGUUGUGCUGAAGACCGUGAGGAUAAUUGCUAUGCCCUAAGAGCACCAGUGAUAUCAUCCAAACUCACCCACGGGAAAAGUACUGAAAAUCCUGCUGAACCAAGAAGCCCAAGGAAAGGAAGUAAGAGUUCCACAACAGCAAAAAGAGUUGAGCUUGGAGGCAUCACCAGGCCACUCGUAUUCCGGCUCCAUGAUAGUGUACCUUCAUUAGUUCGUGAAAUUUUAUUGGAACGUGGUUGGAUUGAAUAUGAUGAGAAUGAACAAGAUAAUGAAGACUGGAACUUGUAUUGGAGGAAUUGCCCUUUCCGGAUGACAGAACACCAGAGCAUCAAACCAUGGCAGAGGCUCAAUCACCAUCCAGAAACCAUCAGAAUCACUCGGAAAGAUUAUUUGGCAAGACAUCUGAAACGCAUGAAGGGAAUUUAUGGAACCACCCUUUAUGAGUUCAGUCCAGUGGCCUUCAUCAUGCCCAAUGACUAUAUAAAAUUUAUAACUGAGUACUCCAAGGAGAGGCAAAUACCAGGAAAAAAGCUGAGUUACUGGAUCUGCAAACCAGUUGAUAGGUCUCGCGGGAGAGGCAUUCUCAUUUUUCAAGACAUUAAGGAUUUUGUUUAUGACUGCAUGGUAAUUGUGCAAAAAUAUAUCAGUAACCCUUUGCUUAUUUCCGGAUACAAAUGGGACCUCCGUAUUUAUGUUUGUGUUACAAGCUUUUAUCCCCUUACAAUUUAUAUAUAUGAAGAAGGACUGGUGAGGUUUGCAACAGAGAAGUUUGACCUGACAUCCCUUGACAAUAUUUACGCUCACCUGACAAACACAAGCAUCAAUAAGUUUGGGCCAUCAUAUAGAAAGGACAAAGAAGUCAUUGGCUCUGGUUGCAAAUGGACUUUUAGCAAAUUUCGGGCCUAUUUACGGAGCUGCAGUGUUGAUGACCUGCUCCUGUGGAAAAGAAUCAACCAUAUAGUCAUUCUAACUUUGUUGGCCAUCACCACUUCAGUACCAUUUACGUCCAACUGCUUUGAACUCUUUGGGUUUGACAUAUUGGUUGAUGAGAAAAUGAAACCCUGGCUUCUCGAAGUAAACCACAGCCCAGGUCUGCGCUUAGACUGUGCCAGUGAUGUCACUGUCAAAAGGAAACUGCUCCAUGACAUUGUUGACUUGCUGAACUACAAGGAAGCUGAUACUUUAAGAAAAAGCAGAGGGGCCAAUCGGAGGCUUUCGUGCUUCAGCCAGUCACAAUAUUUGCUGACCACUCAGUCAGAGGUCCCACUGGAUUUCCUGGCUUGUGGGAAAGGAACCAAAUCAGCAACAACUUCCCCUUCUCCAUCACGUUUGCAGAUCAAUAAAAGAACACCCACGUAUGGCAGAACAGCUAGUGCAUACCCUCGGAAAACUUUGACUUCACAAUUGCGUGAAAAGAUGCACAUGCCCCAAACACCUAUCCAAUCGAAGCCAUUAUCGAAAAGCAGACUGAUGUUAAGAACUAGUCAUUCGCUAUGUGAGUCUGUGCAGUCCACACAUUGGUUUAACUCACUAGAGUUCUACACCCACAAGCCAACUAUUCCUCCUUAUUUUCUCUCAGAUAAAGACCGACGGCCAUUCCCUCGUGUAGGUGAUUUUAUCCUUAUAUUUCCUUUCAACGAUGCAGCACUUGAAGCAUCUAAGAAUGGGAUGAAUGUCAAAAGUGUAAUACAGGAAAUCCAUAAGUUAAUAAGUAAAGAAUUACAACCAGAACAUCAAAAAUUAAAUAAAGCUUUAGUUAACCAGUAGACAAAUGGUUUGAGCAAUUCUAUACUCUUUUUUAUGAAAGAGCUUGAAAAUUGAUGACAAAAAUAUAAUGUGUGCCAUUUCUAUACUAGACUUCCUCAACCUGGUGCCUACCAAAUGUGCCAGACUAAGGCCUAUAUUUCUUAAACAAUAAAAUUAGUAGAAUCUAACACAUCUAGCAGGCAGGAAAUUUUGGAAGUCUCUCCUAUACACUUUCAAAUUUUCUUUCUUUCUCUUCCUUUGAAAUAAUUCUCUUCUCAAUAUAAGUGCAAAUGUUGGAAAAUUUGCAAUGAUCUCCUUCAAAAUAUUAUAUUUAUACAAAUAAUGGGAACGAAAGAGAUAAAAUAUUAAGCAGGUCAUUCAGUUUAUGGCAUUUGAAUCAGUAAACAGUACAAACAAGUAAUGUACCGGUUGUACUAAUAUAUCAUUGUUUAAUUUUAAAAAGACUUUUUGGCCACUUUCAAUUUGUAUUCAAGUUUAGCAUCAAAAUUACAAAAGUGAAAGCAGAAGGUCAAAUAGUCUGUUUCCCUUGAACAUGUCAAAACUAUAGAAGUCUUUUCUGUGGUCUAACAUAGACAUACUCAUCUACAUAUUCAUCCUGUCAUUGAAGGACCCACCCAGGAUCCAAACACAAGAUGUGACAUCAGAUGAGCUUUCCCCAACUCAGCACUGUCUGUAUGAGUUGGAUUACAGACCACAGAGUCUUAGCCAUGCAAGCAGAGGUAAUACACAUUAUACUCCAACAGUUCUAAAAAUCACCAGUUUGGAAAAAAAUGUAUCCCAGGGAAACAAACAAAUAAAAAGACAGUUGAGUGACAGGGAGAGUCGGACACAGAACUCCUGAAAAGUACACAACUUAGUACCUGAAUUUCUUUACACAGCUGGAAAAAUAUGGAUAUGCACCCCUGAAGAGUGAAAUCUAUCUGGAUGCAAAUGUUUAUCUAGAUUUAAUUUCACUGGAGCAUUUAUGGCAUUUCUGUAACAUAGAGUUUAUUUUCACAUAUGGCACUUACAAGCUGAGUAUAAAAUGAGAAUUCAUAACAUUAAAACUUCAUUGGAGUCCUAUUUACUUGUAGAUUUCUAGAGAGCUCCAUUAUACUAUAUAAUUUCCUGAAGAGAAUUUUACCAACUCAGCCACUCCCUUUUGGAAAGGGAGGAGGGUAAAAGCUAUAGAUAGACAUAUGACAUCACUGAGACAGAAUUUCCAUUGGUAGGCAAGGCAGUUGUUCAUCUCAGUUGUGCCUGAUAUACAAUAUUUUUUGCCACAAUUAAGUGAAUCACUGCAAGUGUUAAGUGAAUCAUGCAGUUAUUAGGUGAGUUCAACUGCCUCCAUUGACUUUGCUUAUCGGAAGCUGGCUGGGAACGUUGCAAAUGGCAAGAUCCUAAGAUGCUGCUGCAAACACCCAAAUUUUGAUCACAUGACUGUCGGGAUCCUAUGACAGUCGUAAGUGCAAGGACUGGUUGUAACUCACUUUUUUCAGUGCCAUUCACCUUCGAAAGGUGGCUAAACAAAUGGUUGUAACUCAAGGAUGACCUUUGCCUUCCUGUUCCAUACACACAGCUUUUUCAUUUGGCAGCUACUUACUACUAUUACUAUUACUAGCCCUUCUAGCUCCAGAAAUAUGUAUUCUUACUGCUGCCUUUUCACAGGUUUUAAGAGUCAUUGGCCCACCCUCCCUGGCUGAAAGAUGUAUGUUCUGGCCAGUAUGAAUUUUAGCUUGAUCUCAUUGUGAUUUGUAAACCACUGUUUAUGGCUUGGCAUGUUGUGAAAUCCAGUCAGUUAUGAUCAAUUCAACAAACCCUGCCUUAACAAAUAAUGGCUUGGCUAAUCACAUAAUUCUCAAAACUCAGAUCCUGGGGAGGUAAUCCUGAUCAGUUCAGAAGUGGUAAUAUUUUAGAAAAAUAGUUUAUGUUAAAAAGAAAAACAUCUUCCUCAGGAUCCAGACAGGAGUGGGGCAAAUGAUAAAAGAUUUGCAACACCAUCACCCAAAUACUAUGGCUUAUGUAUUUCCAUCAGACCUUAGGAUACAACUGUGUCUGAUGAUGUUAGUAUAUAUGUGUCAUAAUUUUGAUAUAAUGUAUUCCACUUGCUAGUGGUAGCUGCAACAGACUAUUUAGAAUACACCAUAUUUUAGAGUUAUAGCGGUUCUUGAUUCUUCAUCACAUCUCCUCACUGCUCAAACAAAAGGGUUUGCAGGCUUUCGCCAUGAUUCCAGAAUUCAAAGAGGUGGAAGGCGUUCCUUUCCACUUCAGGCAGAUGGGGACGACCAUUCUUUCCACCACUCUUUCAAAAAUAAAUUCAUAUUGAACAUUUCUGUAGCUUGGGGUUUUUUUAAAAAAAAAUGCUGAUUAUGUCACUGUUUACAUUAAUUUGUAGCAAGCUGUACCCUAUUUGUAUUGUUUAUAUUUGUUUACAUUUUGAAUUUUAACACUGAUCUGGAAACACUGCAAAUAGGAGGGUUGUAAGGCCACCAUUUAGGGCAGGGAUGGGGAACUAUGGCCCUUUUGUGACUUGUGGACUUGUGAGCAUGGCUGGCUCAGGAAUUCUGGGAGUUGAAGUCCACAAGUCAUAAAAAGGCCACAGUUCCCCACCUCCAAUUUAGGG